AUUUAAGGACGCCCUCGGGAUUAAAGUCAAAAGCGUAGAGAGUGACUUAAGAAUAUCGCAACAUACGGAAACGUCAGAGUGACGACUUGUAGAAGUAUUAUAUCAGAGGGAGUAUCCCCGGGCGAGUUUGAACAUUGAGAUCGAAUCGAAGCGGUUUGUCUCUCUCAUGUUAAGAGCAAGACGGUGACAGACGUAAAAGAGUAAGCGAGAGCCAGCCAUUGGUAGCACAAGUGAAUCGUGAAUUCUUUCUUUGGCACACGGUCGUGUAGUAUCAUCAUUAUUCUCAUCAAAGUGUGGAUAUUUUCUAUGUGCAUGUAAUGCUUGUGCGCGUGUUUAUAGUAUUUUACAGUGAGUUUGCUUCAUCUAAGUAUAGUAGAUAUAGUGUAAGCAGCAAAGUGUCAAGUCUAGUGUCAAUUUAAUAAAAAAAAAAACUCACCAAGUUCUGUGGAUUAUGCUCUUGUCCUGAUUAUAACCCAAAAAAGGAAGAAAAGAAAAAAAAAAAAAGGAAACAGCAUUGCUGGUAAAGUGAGCGUCAUGAGCUGCAGAUGACUGUUAGCCGAGCCAUAGCUCGUUCAACUUUAAUAUGAGCGAAGUGGUAGCCGUGGCAGUGCCUACUAGUGGACAAAAUCGCCAGGAAUGUAUGGCACACAUCAAACGGCACAAAUCAUCUGGCUGCAAUGUUCCUCUUGUCCAUGGCAGGCCGAACCCACCAAUCAACGUACGCAACAGACUGACCACUCAUCAACGAAAUCAUAGCUUGGACUUUAGGUCGAUGGGUAUCCUACUUCCUCCGGUUCCGCAAGCAACUGUUACGACACUGACGCUGCAUCACAGAAAUCGAAGUCUCGACUCUGCAUUGCAACGUAUUCCAGAAGUGGAUGUAACACCAAGCCCAGAAUGUGAAACUGUGCCGGAUCCGGCGGCAAAAACAUCAACGCCAUCAAUAAAAUCUCGUAGUAGAGAAAGAGAAGACCUUGCCAGCCUUGGAUCUGACGAUUCAGGGAUUCUUUGUGGAUCUGAUAGUGGAUCUAGUGACGCUGCUAAUGCAACAACAAGAGAGUCCAGUGUAGACCAUUUACAUAGUAGAGAGAGUCUUGAUUCAUCAUUGUCUCAAGCAGGAGAUAUGGAUAGUGUUGAUGCAGUGGACGGAGACGAAAGUGUUGUUUCAGUGUCGCCUGUAGACGUUGUGAUAAGCGAGUCAUUGUCAAAAAACAUGGAGCAGUGUAUUCUCCAAGUGUCUGAAGCAAAUCAUGUGUCUGGUGAUAGAGAACACAUUAGCAAUGAACAACCAUUGGUUAAUGGUGAUCAUUUAACCACUCGAGAGCUUAAAAACGGUGAUUGUACAGCCAAAGAACUCCGAGAUGAACAACCAAACAGUAGUAAUACUAACGGAUAUCAUAAUACUCUCGAAGUAGCCGUACAAAGAGAACUUGCUGGUGCAGCAAUCACUUUGUGUUGCGGGGCAACACAGCCAGAUGAUGAAAUGGCAAAAAAACCAUUGGAAAUUAAUACGCAAGAAACAGUCCAGCCAAAACCAAGUGAAGGAUGUCUACUCAGGUUAUUCGAGAGUCAAAUUUUCGAUAUGUCCAUGGCUAUUUCCUACCUCUUCAACUCUAAAGAGCCUGGGGUACAAAGCUAUCUUGUCAACAAGUUGUUUAGCUUCCCAGAUAGUGAAGUGGACUUUUAUUUACCACAACUCGUCUUGAUGUAUAUACAAUUGCACGAUGUUACGGAGGUUCUCUACCCGUAUCUUGUCCAUAGAUGUAGGCAAACCGCAGACUUUUCGUUAAAAUGCGCUUGGUUGCUAGAUGCUUACAGUUCAGAUGCUCAUUUGCCAUCGAAAAAAAAGUCUCAUGGGACCAAGCUCAAAAACCUUAUUUUAUCAGAUGAACUUAGAAAAAAUAGGUCAAAGGGUAAUGAAGUAGCGAGAAAGCAGAAAAUUAGUGGACUACAAGUUCCAGCGCCUCCGCCUCUGCCUUCAGCUCAAAUGGUAGCAUCGCCCAAUAAAAAAACCCACCAAAGAUCGCAAUCUGAUGCUACUGGUCUUUUUCAAUCAUUGCGUCGAAGCCAUUCCGGUGUAGCAAAUAAGGUGAGCCUUGGGGACCUGAGCUCUGGUCGAGCAUUUGACAACGGAUGUACCUGUUUUGAUUCCUGCCAAGGUGUGGUUAAUGACUUACGAGGACAGAAGACUGAUUGCUUCUGUAAUGCCCCUCGACUCGCUCCAGAGCUCGAGUUCAUUCAAGCACUGAUAUCAAUUGGAAAAUUGCUUGGAACUAUUCCUACAAAGGAAAGUAAAACCGUUCAACUAGUAGCUGAGUUAAAUACACUCAACUUGAAUCUCCCAGCAAGGGUAUGGCUUCCUUUACAUAGUACAAUACCCCAUCAUAUCGUAAGAGUGCCACCGCAAUGCGCAGCAGUGCUUAAUAGCAAAGAUAAGGCACCGUAUAUCAUUUAUGUCGAAGUCUUGGAAGUUGAAGAUCUUUAUACUUCUCCAGUUCCCACGAAAAUAAUGGGAAGUUCGCUACGACAUACUAAGUCUGAAGAAAAUUUAACGGGUAAUGAACAGUCUAAUUCGUCGAAUUGUUCGUCGAAUGCAGUUGCUCAACAACGACAAACUCCUAUAAAAAGUAUCAUAUCGAGGGUCGGAGAAAAUGCAUUUAAUUAUCCAGAUGAUGAUCCUGCAGACUGUUGGAGUCAAGAAGACGAUGAAAUCACGCAACAGUAUCUACAACUCCGAAAGCCCAAAGACCGAGACACGAUAUCUCAAUUGAGCCAAGAAAGUUCGGACAGUCGUGAGCCAGUAUUCGUGCCUGGUGAUAUUAAAAGACGAUUAAGUGAAUUGGCUGCAACUCCCAGCGCGACAUUUAAUCAUGAUCCGGAAGAUCCUUCAGCAGCGGUGCUCAAAGAGCCUUGGGAAUUGAAGCAGCGAAGGAUAAGAGCAUCUAGUCCUUACGGUCAUUUGGCUUCGUGGCGGUUGUUAGCAGUAAUUGUUAAGUGUGGUGAUGAUCUUAGACAAGAACUUUUAGCAUCACAAUUACUGUCGAUGCUGCAGAAAAUUUGGCAAGAUGAGAAACUUCCCCUCUGGGUGCGGCCAUAUAAAAUUUUGUGUUUAUCUAAUGACAGUGGAUUAAUUGAACCUAUUUUGAACACUGUUUCACUUCAUCAAAUUAAAAAACAUUGUCAAUUGACACUUCUUCAAUACUUUGAACGAGAAUUUGGUCCAGCUAAUUCUGAAGGAUUUGCCAGGGCCCAAAAACAUUUUGUUCAAAGCUGUGCAGCUUAUUGUCUUGUCUGUUAUCUUAUUCAAGUAAAAGAUCGACAUAAUGGGAACAUUUUACUGCAUAGUGAUGGACAUCUUAUUCAUAUAGAUUUUGGUUUUAUUCUAUCAACGUCACCAAGAAACUUGGGAUUCGAAACAAGUCCUUUUAAACUUACUCCAGAGUUUGUUGAAGUUAUGGGUGGGAGUCAAUCAAAGAUGUUUCAAGAAUUUAAAAAUCUCAUACUUCAAGGGCUUGUUGCUGCACGAAAGCACAUGGAUAAAGUCGUUAACCUGGUGGAGAUAAUGCUGUCGGGUUCGCAACUUCCGUGCUUUCGAAGUGGAGGUGCAGCGACCGUUCAAGGACUCAAGAAUCGAUUCCAUUUAACACUGACAGAGGAUCAAUUACGGCAACACGUCGAAGACCUCGUUGAGGGUAGCAUUCAUUCGUGGUCGACCAAAUUAUACGAUCGAUAUCAAUACUUUGCUAACGGCACUCUAUAAUUAUUGGUAACAAAAAAAAAAAAAAUAAAUUAAACUUUCCUGUGCUUUAAAAAAUCAUCUUAUUUUGUGUAAAGGAAAUCUUUUAUAAUUAUUUUAUUCAAACAAUUGACAUCUCUCAAGUGCUUUCGAAAAUCCACAUUAUAUUUCGCAAGCACAAAUAGCGAAAAUGAGGACAUUUAAUUAAAUGUAAGCUUGUUUUUUAAAGAAAUAUUUAAAAACUUAUUAAUUGCUUAAAGUAUAUCAACUUUAUAUUAUAACUCAAUCGAUUUUAGCAUCUAUAAAUGCUUCAGAUUGAUGUCAAUAUUAAGUUAUAAAAAAAAAAAAAAAGAAACUAAGAAAGAAAAUUUUUAAAAUAAUAAUCCGACUUAAAGAAUGAAAAUCUUUAAAGGAAGUUAUAGAGAAGUGUUGAAUUUUUUAUGUAAUUAAUUUUCACUUGAUAUUUGUAAAUGUAUAAGAAAAACUUGUAACUACGCCUCGAAUGACAAUUACAAAGCUAUCAUCGGUGCAGACUUUAUGGUAAUUGACUGAAGAUAAAACUGCUAGAUCGUUGUAGCUUUUAACAGAGUAAUUUGUCGAAGGUGCCUUAUUUGUAGGAGAAUGAUAAAGGCGAUGAUGUUAAAUAAAGACACGAAUGUGCCGUCGUACUAAAUUUAUGAAUGUUUCAUGCAGUGAUAAUCUGUAUACUGUACAUAAAAUGAAAUUACAUUGUCAUUAAAUACUUGACAAUUUUUAUUAGUGGAAAAAUAUACCGUGAAAGGAUGAAUUGCUGUAUCUUUAGUUUAAACGACUUAGAAAAAAAGACCUUGAAUGAUUGUGGGCUAUUUCCAUGGGCUUAGUGGUGAAAGACAAAUACUCAAGAAGUAAAAAAGUAAAAAAAAAAAAAAACGAAAAUUUCCUACUUUAUAUAAAUUACUAUUACGAUUAAUUGCGAGAAUUUAAAUAAAUAAGCAUAAGUAUAU